AUGGAGAGUCCAAUGGAUUUACAGCAGUUUUGGAACGCAAUAUCCAUUUUGAUUAGAAAUUAUCACACCAUAAAUAGAAAACUAUGUGCCUGCGUUAUAAGUGAAGUGAAAAUAAGAGAAGCUCUGUCAUCAGAUGAGACAGAAUCCGACGUUGCAGUCAAUACAGAUACACUCUUUAAGUACCUGCAAAACAUCCCCAAAGUUCCCAAUAACUGUAGGGGGUUUCUCAUUUACUUCAAAUGUCUUCCCAAAAAGAACGAGAAUAGUAUACGUGCCACUGGAAUUGUGGAUUUUCCAAAAUCCUCCUUUCAUUUAUCAUUCGAGUCCGAUGCUGUCGAUGAUUUUCAAAUAAAAUUCUGCAAAGGUCAACUUAAUGUUGAGAACUUAAAUCCACUUGGUGAUACAGAGAACGGUACACGAUGGUCCGAAUAUAUUUUGAAGCCGAAGUUAAUAAAAUGGUCAAGUGCGUGUACGGAUAACGUGAAUGUCGGCGGCUCAUUACGUUUGGUAGAUAUUGAAAAAUACAAUAGCCUCUAUAAUGAAUUCAAGAAGAAGUACGGCGAAAGAGCCAUGACGCUUUGGAAUGAAGCCAAGGAAUCGACAGAUCCGCUAAAAUUUAUUUAUGAAGAUUUAGCUAUAGCUGCAUACUUGAUAGCUUUGUGGCAAAGUGAUACAUUGAGUCAUUCUCCAACGGCAUUUGCCGACUUGGGUUGUGGCAAUGGUCUUCUAGUAUACAUUUUAAACGAAGAAGGAUACGCAGGUUACGGCUACGAUGUUAGAUCUCGUAAAAUUUGGUCAUUCUACCCUCCAAAUGUUGUAAACAAUUUAAAAGAAGAAACAAUAGAUCCGAGUACGUUUCGUCUGCCACCAGACGUCGAUUGGAUUAUAGGCAACCACUCAGAUGAGUUAUCACCAUGGAUACCUGUAUUGGCAGGCAGAAGUAGUUACCGAAUGAAUUUUUUUCUUCUACCCUGCUGUGCUUUCGAAUUCUCUGGAAGAAAAUUUCAACGAAGGAAUUCAGCUCUAUCGACCUAUAACGACUUCUGUUGCUAUGCCGAGUACAUAUCCAACCAUUGUGGUUUUGAGACUGAAAGAGAUCGCUUGAAAAUUCCAAGCACAAAACGCAUUGCAUUUAUAGGCCGAAGACGCAACUAUUCAUCAACUAAUCAUUCAAAUAAGGUGGAAGAAAUCAAGCAAAUUGUGGAAAAUGAAAAACAACUUUAUCCGAAUACCGAUAACUCUGAAAUCAAACUGCGAGAGAAGGUAGAAACAGUACGAAAUUGUACACAAAUCGACAAAACUGUAAUAGAUAAUAUUGUCUUGAAGAUAUUCCUGCUACUUCUAAACCAACCAAAUGUUUCGCAGAAUCCAACCAAUACCGAAUGGCUGGUUGGUCGUUCAUUGACAAUGCCCGAAAUUGCUAUUGGAUUACAGAAAGAAGACCUGAAGCAGAUAAAAUCGGAAUGCGGUGGACUGAAAACUCUACUACGUAACAAGCACGAAAUAUUUGAGCUUUCUAAGCCGGAUGUAGUAAAAAUUCGCAAGCCGCAAGCGCUCAAGAAUGUCCCUAACAACGUGCAAACAGUGAAGAAACGAGCCUGUUUCUUUUAUACGAAUCACCCCCAGGGCUGUCCAUUAUCGAACGAGGCUUGUAGUUUUAUACACUGA